AUGGAAACCGCGAACUCGCCCGCACUACUCCUGCUCGAUCUACCGAAGUCAGCACUCGCAGGAAUCGACUUACUCGCCUUCACCGUCACACCACGCUUCCACGGCGUCAAGGAUCUGCCACCAGGGUUUCACUUUGCCUUCGCAGGCACGACCAGCGCAUUCUCGGAAAGACAUGGACUGUGGUUCCGGAUACCCAGCAAAGCAGAAUCUCGAGACACGCCACUAUUCGUCACGAAAUGGGACGUCUCCACGGAAGCAUUGAAAGCCGAGACUGACGAUGCCGAGCGACUUCGGUGGCGGGCGAACCUGGGCAGCAUAUGGCGGGAAGGGUUGACACCAUAUCGACAGACGACAUCGAAGACGGCUGCAGCUGAUGACGACGAUGAGGAAGAAGAGCUCAACGACUGGCCGACCUUGACUUCCGCCAUUACUGGAGCACUGCUGUCCAGAAUCACAGGUGGCGACCCGACCCGAUGGUACCUCACAUCAGCAAGCUCAGCCAAGCGCGACCUCGAAGACAUACCCGGACUGGAUGAGCACGAUCUGAAGGAGCUACAAGGAGAUAAGGACCUCUGCCUACUACUGAUCGACCUCAAACAAACAUGGCGGGAAGGAGCGACAGGACGCGAGCGCACCCAGGCAGCACAAGAUCGCUCUUGGGCGCUGGAGAACAUCAAGAAAUAUCACUGCGCCGAUGGAGAUAUCAAGGAAAUCAUUGGCGAGCUACAGUUCUGCUUCCUGAUGAUACUUACUAUCAACAACUUCUCCUGCCUUGAGCAGUGGCGGCGCAUAUUGACCUUGAUCUUCACAUGCCGAUCUGCAGUCUCCGAAAACUCCGACUUCUUCAUCAACGCCAUCUCCGCCUUGCGCCUCCAACUUCAGCACUGCAAAGAUGCAGAAGGAGGCUUGAUCGAUCUGGCUGAUGAGAGUGGGUCACUGCUCAAGGAUCUCCUCGUUCGCUUCCGCAAAGGUCUGGAGGGCAUGACUGGCACAGGAGUAUCUGACGUGGUCGACGAGCUGGAUGAUCUCGAAGACUAUCUCAGACAAGAUCACGGCUGGCAGUUCGGCGGAGACUUUGCUCGGUCAGGUGUGCUCGAGCUGGAAGAUGGCGAGCAAGUGCAGAUGGAAAGCACAGCUUUUGACGAAGAUGAUGAGACUGGCGAGUUUGCUCCACAGAUGGUGGAUCUGACUCCCGAGCAGGCACGAUUGCUGGGCAUCACACCGGAAGACACCCGCGAUCUAGGAGCUAGCUUGAGCAAAGCCUCAAUACAGGACAAAGUCGCUGACGUGGUGCAGGAUAGUGGCGAUGAGGAGGAAACCGACGACAGCAGUGGAGAAGAGGAUAUGCAGGACCUCGAUGAGAUGGCUUCUCGCUUCUGA